AUGGAGUCCAAAGGAAGCAGGCGAGGUACCCUUUACCCUCAAAGACAGGGAACGAGAGCUACCAUUUUGCCCCAUGGGGCUGCUGAACCACCAUUACUUCCUACAAAGGAUGAGACAGUGGGGAUACAUGAAGAUUUCUCUUACAGAGGUUUAUUGAGCAGGAAAAAGGCCAUACAUGACUUCCGGGUGAGGUGGCCAGAACUCCUCCUGGACCAGAAGAAAAGUGAGGACCUUCCCCCAAUUGAGCAAUGUUUCCCUGAGGUGUGCCGCGUUCCCAGCUCCUGCUCCUCAAUGGUCAGUGUCACCAACACAGACAUGGACAGCAUGCCCAGUGAGCCCCUGGAUUCUAUAGAAGGAUUUGCCUUUGCUGCUGACUCCCAAGCCCCUCCUUUACAGUCUCCACACAUGAUCAUUCUCAACACCUAUCUGAAGCCAGAGUCUCUGACUCGGCUGGAGAAGAAGGUGAGGAAGAAGACCCUGGAGGCCAUGGCUGAGGUGGAGCAGGAGAUGGAAGCGGCUAAGAGGCGACGGUCAGUACUCGUAAAGGGCAUCAAGGACAUGCAGAAGGAAAUGCUGUUUGAGAAAGCAGACAGCAAGCCAUUCCUUGAGUACCUGCAGCAGAAGAACGAGGAGAAACGGAGGAAGUAUGACUCCCUGUGGGAAGACUACACCCGACAGUGUGAGGGGAUCAAGGACAGGAGGCGAGAGCUGGUCUCUACCUUCACCUCACGCACAGCAGACCUCCAGAGGCAGCUGAUGCGAGGCAAGAAGCUUGAGGCCAGGUUGAAGAAGAAGCUGAAGGCCCUGGAGCCCAUGGCACAGGUAAGGGAAAGCCAGCGACAAACGAUCCAGGCCUUAGAGUUGGAGGAAGCCAGCAUAGACGCUGACAUCUCCUUUGUGGACCGAGAGGCACACUUUCAGUUCCUGAAGGAAAAGGCCUCCUUGGAGAAGCAAAUGGAGGAUCUGAACCUGCUGGAGUCUGGAGAGGAAAUCACCAGGGAGCUGAAGAAGAAGGCCAAGGCCUUGGAUGCUGUGGCCAAGCGAGCUCACAAGGACUUCUGGGAGGGUAUUAAAGCUGAGAAUAGCCAGCUGCGAACACAGCUCCAGCAGCUGGAUCAGGAACUCUGCAAGCUGGAGGCUGGAAAGGAGAAGCUGGAACGGCGAAAACAGCGGUGGAAAGAGCAGCAGUGGUACCUGGAGGCUCUGACCCGGGGGAGGGAACGCCUGCAGCAGCAGGAGCACCUCCGGCAGCAGCAGGAGCACCACCACCCCAAACCACAGACAGCUCCUCAACCAGCACUGGGCCGUCUAUUAAGUGCCAGGCCGAAAGUCAAUCCUAAGUAAUGGCUGCCGUGUCCCAGGAAGCAGACUGGAGCGGAAGCUGGGGCACUACACAGAGAAUGACGAUGCUAUCUGAUAAUGCAGAGGACAGAAGCAGCAGGGGACAGAGGGCUGAGCUUCUCAGAGGGGCAGAGGGGUCCUGGGCUGGCCUGUCUCCCAGGCGUGGCUCCCACACAGCACCCCAAGGGCUAUCCUAACCGGAAGCUCCAGAGCACGGGAGAGCUUUGCUCUUCAGAAGCCACACCUUCCAUGCUCCCUGUUGCAAUGUAGACCUUGGUGCUCAAUCCCUGCUCUAGUGUGGCCUUCACGACGACAGGGUGCAUUCUGUAAGGGGCACCUUGCACACAGUCAGCCCAUCUCACAGUAGGAGCAUCGGUGUCUUAGGUGGGUGUGGGGUGGCAUUUGGGGAACUGGGUUCUUUGCGUUUGUGUCUGGCUGAGGCUGGAUUGUUUGCAGAGCUGUGGGUCGUGAUGCCGGGCAUUUGGGCCAUGUGCUCCAUGUGACAAAAUACAGCCAGCUCUCUGAGUCCUGGGCGUGGCUCCAGGCAAAAAGCCUCAGCCUUACAUUGUAGAAUUUUACCUUUUACUUAUCUAUAGCAUGAACUCAUUCAAAACUGUGCUAAAAAUGAAUUGUUGAAUGUACCUUUGGCUUAGAGUUAACUUACAUGUGAAAUGUU